AGAGCGAGCUUGAGUCUCGAUUAUUGGGAGAGCGAGCUUGGGUCUCGAUAUUGGGAGAGCGAGCUUGGGUCUCGAUGUUGGAGAGUGAGCUUGAGUCUCGAUGUUGGGAGAGCGAGCUUGAGUCUCGAUGUUGAGAGAGCGAGCUUGAGUCUCGAUGUUGAGAGAGCGAGCUUGAGUCUCGGUACUUGGGGGUAAAAUUGCAAUUUCGGUGGUCUGCAAGAUGUGGAGCGUGGUAAUUGUGGGAGAGUCAAAGAGAGGCGUGGGAUGGCGGUGGUGCGUCAGUAUUGUAUACUGCUCGCCCGUUGCCCCAAGGCACCGGCUGUAAUAUGUGACUUUGUCCUCAUUUUUUGUUUACUCGCGAACCAGUGGGAGGAUGGAGAGUUGCGACGUAUGGUUGGUUGAACCACUAUUGUAUAUCACGAAACAGUCAUAUUUGGGGCUGUCCCACGGGCCCGGAGUAUGGUACAUCGAAAGCUAACCGGAAGGUUUUUUGCUGACCGUGGCAUAUUCGAACUUUAGACACUGCUGCUCUGCUGUCCUUGCAGAGCCGGAACCUUUGCAUGCGUCACCUCGAUCUCCCAAGAAGCACGGAUUUUUACACGUGGAGGGUGUGGUCGUCCGGACGACCCUCAGGGUCACUCACUCUCGACCGACGGACGCUGUGACAUGCGUCCACUCGAUAGCGGUUUGGGCCGGGUGUGCACGCAUGGCGCAGAGGCCAAUGUUCGUCCCGGUGCUCGUCGAGGACCACCCGAAAUGGCCUGUUCACGGGAACCCACCUCUCGCAUGUACGCACUGAAGAAUGGGAUAGUGGUGCAAGUGGUGGCCAUGGUGCUCGCUGGAGGGCUCCGCCGGGCGACGCAUGGAAUUGAAAACGUCAAAUGCACGGCAAAACGAAAAUCUGCAAAGUCGCUGUCAUCUGCACUCGAGAGAUCUCAGUCGCCUUCUGACCUCGUCUCGCCGACUUCAAAGUCGUCGGAGGACACCACCCAACCACCUUGCGGCAACAUGGGAGAGCCCUGAGGCGGCUAAUUUGGCAGACAGCUCGACGAUAUGUAGUAGAGAUG